AUGGCAGAGCUCAUCAAGGGCGUGGACUUCUCAGUCGUCGACCCAUCCCAGAAAUGGAAGAUCUUGAGGUCGCAGUCCCGUUUCGCACUAUGGGCCCUCUGGCUCUCCAGCGGUGUCAUCAUGCAAGGCUUCGACAUCACCGUCGGCGGCCAGCUCGCCGCGCUCCCAGCGUUCCGCGAAAAGUUCGGUCGUCCGCAGCCCGACGGCAGCUUCCUCCUCCCGGCCUACUACCUGUCCGCCUGGAACUCGAUCGCGCCCGCCUGCGAGGUGGUGGCCACCUUCAUCUUCGCCCCGCUGCUGGAGAAGUACGGCAGGAAGUGGGGUAUACUCGCUGCCUCCAUGAUCUCCGUCGCGGGGAUCCUGCUGCAGCAGCUCGCGCAGGACUGGACGGUGCAUCUGGCGGGUCGUGGCGUGAAUGGCGUCGCGAUUGGGAUGAUGUUCACUAUUACGCCGCUCUGGAUUGGAGAGUGCUGUAGGCCAGAGCUGCGGGGUUUCUUCCUCUGCUUCUUCAACACGGCGAUUGUGUUUGGCCAGUUUGCCAUCGUUGUCGUAUCAAGGGGCAGCAAUGAGAUUGAUGGGAAGUGGCAGUGGUGGACGCCUGUGGUGGCCAUGUACAUCUUUCCACUCAUCCUCACCUCCCUUUGGCCCUGGUUUCCCGAAUCAACCUACUGGCUCGUCCGACAGGGCCGCCCAGAAGCCGCCAAAGCCUCGCUACGCCGCAUCCAUGGCUUCACCGAGGAGGCUUUCUACGACAUCGAGCUGCACCGACUAGAAGAGGAGGUUCGCGUGGCCAACGAGAUCCAGGGCAGCAUUGACGGCGUUCACACUCGAAAGUUCUUAGGCGUGGACAUCGACGCUGAAGCCGAAUGCUUCCGUGCCUCGAAUCGCAAGAGGACAUUUACAGCGAUCUUCUGUGCCUCUGGUCAGCAAAUGAUCGGUGCCACCUUCGUGAUCGGAUAUUCUACCUACUUCUUCGAGCUCAUUGGGAUCCAGGACUACUUCAACGCCUCGGUGGCACUGUAUGUGGUCAUGCUGUUGGCCAGCACAGCUGCCUUUCCCCUCACCGAAAUCUACGGACGGCGCUUCCUGAUCGUGGGACCGCAGUUCGCCUUGUGCUUCAUGCUGUUGAUGGUCGGCAUCCUGGGCUGCAUUCCGAACCACCCGGUCGCCACCGGCAAGGCAAUUGUGGCCUUCAUCUACGUCUGGGCUCUCAUCUAUCAGCUCUCCAUUGGAGCCACAGGUUUCGUUCUGGCAUCUGAGAUUGCGACGAUGCGUCUUAGAGGUGCUACUCAGGGUUUGAUCACAAUUACCAACGCGUGCUGGGGCUUGAUCAUGCAAUUUACUGUCCCCUAUAUGAUCAACAGAGACGCGGGUAACCUCGGCGGCAAAGUCGGCUUCAUCUUCCUCGGCACAGGUCUCAUUGCAGCAGUGGGAGGCUGGUUCCUGUACCCAGAGACCAAGGGCAUUCCAUUCGAGAAAAUGGACGAGCUGUAUGCGGCCAAGGUACCGCCGCGCCGCUUUGGCAAGGUGGUUGCGCGCGAGCGGGAGGAGGGAGGGUCGUUCUCGGCGGAGAAGAUUGAGCAGCAGGCGAAGGAAGGUGUACAUGUAGAGAAGCGCGAGGUGUGA